UCGGUCAAUCAAUCAAUCGACCAGGCCCUACCGUACGUGCAAACGUACGAUGGCAACCUCGCCGGCAGCUUCUAGGAUCAGGCCGUCGCACGGCGAACCGUCCCCGCCGCUGAACCAAGAGCUGAUCGUCGACGAGAUCCUCACGCGCCUGCCGGUGGCCGAAGCCAUGCGCUGCAGAUCAGUCAGCCGGGCGUGGAACGCGGCCCUCGCCUCCGGCCACUUCGUCGCCGCGCACGCCGCCAGAGCAGCCGCCGCGCGCCACCCCGAGAUCGUCUUCUUCUCGCCGACAGAGAAGGGCGUCGCCACGUCCUUCUACGCUUGCUCGCUUCCCGAGGACGGAGACGCGCCGCCCGCCGCCGCUGCCCGCAAGCUGCUCAGCGUGGGCAACCUCGCCGGCGAGCACCUCCUGCUGACCGGCAAGCCAUGCCGUGGCCUGACGCUCGUCUUCGACGUCCGGUUGUCCGAGUACCACGUCUUGAACCUCUCCACCGGCGAGCAUGUAUCCCUGCCGCCGUGCGAGACGGCGGAGGAGAUAGCACCGGUGGUUCCAAAGCUGAUGCUGCUCGAACGGCUUCCUCUGGAGCUCUCCAGCACCGGCCUCGGCUUCGACCCGGCCACCGGCCAGCACAAGGUGGUGAGGCUCUUCAGGAACAUCUUCGGGCAGCAGAAGUGCGAGGUGUGUUCGCUUACGGCGUCCGGCGAGUGGCGGUGGCGGCGCUGCGCCGGCGGUGACGCGCCGCCAAGAUUCGCGUGCUACGUCGACGGCCGGCCUCCCGUGGCCCUCGAGGGAUCCCUCUACUGGCUGCUGCACCGGCGAAGCUGCGCCUACGACGGCAGCGCCAGGGACCCGCAACAGGACGCGCCCAUCCUGUCGCUCUCCGUCGGCGCCGAGCGGUUCGGGUGGGUGCGCACGCCGCCGCGGCUGGCGUCACGCAUCCGGCACCUCACCAACCUCGACGGCGCCCUCUGCGCCGUCGUCCACGACCGCCUCGUCGACGACGUGCUCCUGCUCGUGACGUGGAGUCCAUCGUCGCCAUCGUGGUCUGCGCGCUGCCGCGUCGACGUGGGCAGCCUGCCCCGGCCGAUCCGGGACGAGCUCAGCGGGGAGCGGGAGAUCGUGCCGCUGUGCAGUGUGAAGAAGAAGAUCCUGCUGGCGACGAGCCGGCACAAGGUGUACGCCUACGACACGGAGCAAGGCGCCGCCGAGGAGGUGUUCGACAUGAAUAGCUUUGUCGACGUGCCGCCACACAACAGCGAGUCACGGCUGUUCGUCAACAUUGGACUCCACGAGGAACGCAUCGGCCCGAAGUUGGCGGGUGACCACUGGCUACAGGUGAAGCGGGGACGAGACGUGGUGAUCGGCAAGCGGGAGGCGUCGUCGUCGGUGUACCAUCUGGAACAUCGGGAGCAGGACGAGGACUUUCACAGGACGAGGGAGGUGAUCACGCAGCUUGCAUUUCCAGUGUAGGGGUCUAACUUCCAUCUAGCCUCCAUCACCUUCUAGUAGAGAAAAUGCCACUCGAAAAACAGAGUUCCCAAACCUCAUUCGGAAUUACUUGUCACAAAAAUGAAUGUAUCUACAACUAAAAUAUAUCUAGAUACAUUUAUUUCUUAGAUGAGUAAUUCCGAACGAAGGGAGUAUCACAGUAAAUGCACCAAUUUGGUAAUGUACUCAGUGUUAAAAACUCUCUUAUAUUAUGGAAUGGAGGAAUUAGUAGUUUACAUAAGCUCAUCUUGUAAAACUGGUUUCAUAAGAACGGUUAACAGGACGCGAAUGUGCGAAGAUCCGCAAGCGCGGACGAGCUCGCGUACUCCUUUUUUUUUUUGAGACAA